CUGCUGCACAAAGUGGAGACUUUUAACGUCGUGAUACCGACCGCUCUUUGGUUUCUUUCCGGAUGUUUAAGCCAGUGAGUGGGUCGAGGCAAUGGCUGCGUUGUUUACGUGUUGUUUUGGCUGCUGCGGAGAAGGGGGGUCCAGACACAUUCCCCUCAAAGAGAUGCCUACUGUUCAGCUAGACACCCAUCACAUGGGCACUGAUGUUGUCAUCGUGAAGAGUGGCCGGAGGAUAUGCGGGACUGGAGGCUGCCUUGCUAAUGCUCCUUUGCAUCAAAACAAAAGUUAUUUUGAGUUUAAGAUUCAAUCCAGUGGUGUGUGGGGAAUUGGCGUGGCCACUCAGAAAGUGAAUCUUAACCAAGUGCCUUUGGGCAGAGACACAAACAGCCUGGUUCUGAGGCAUGACGGGUCCGUGUACCACAAUAAUGAAGAGAAGAAUCGACUGCCUGCAAACAGCCUUCCUCAGGAGGGUGACAUAGUGGGCAUGACUUACGAUCACGUGGAGCUGAAUUUGUAUCUUAAUGGAAAGAACAUGCACUGUCCUGCUUCAGGGAUCCGAGGCACCGUAUAUCCAGUUGUUUAUGUGGAUGACAGCGCCAUUCUAGACUGCCAGUUUAGUGACUUCUAUCACACACCUCCACAAGGAUUUGAGAAGAUUCUGUUUGAGCAACAAAUCUUCUAAAUGAACAUUUUAGCCUCUGUUGGUGUUUCUGGCCUCCUCUGAAUCUUAUAUCAGCUUCUGUGACACUACAGUUUGACUUUGAUGAGAUAUUAUUAUAUGUGGCUUGAGUGCGUUUCAUGUUGUUUCAUGCCUCUUUUCUGCUGCUCUGGACCAGAUUUCUGAUUGUUGUUCUGCCAUGGUGGAUUAUCAGAGCUCGCUCAGUCAGAUACAAAAAACAAGUAAAAUAAUCGCCUUGUGUCUGUGGUAAUCAAUCUAUGUUAACUGAGCAGCUUUCAGUUGCUGCUCACGUCCACAGUGUAUGUUUAGAUACCAGACAGUGGUUGUAAUGGUAAAAUGUUCCCACUUUCAGGAUCAGAAGCCAUGUUUGUUUGUUUUUUAUCUUUUUCAUGUUUACCCUUCUAAAUAUUCAACUGACAUCAGCAUACAUCAUAUAUUUAUUACUAUUUAUUUCACUUGCAGAUCAAAGUGAUGUGACACAUAUGUUUUGCAAGAGUUGGUAGAAUUUUGAAGGGUGAAUCACUAAAAGUGGGCACAGGACUCCAUUUAUUUUGAGCUUUUUGUGAAGAUUUAUGGAGAUGAUUUAAAAUACUAACGCUUGUAAAGCAGUUCACAGAUAAUUUGCUGAAAAAUAUUUUAACACUGAAAUGUUCAUCACGAUUUCUUUUCUAAUCCCACUUAUAAACAGCUUGUUUCACAUCCUGAAA